UGCUCCUUCAUUCAGCACAAGUGCCGGUUCACUUCGGAACGGGCCGCGCUACUGCGUGGGCGGGAAUACGUGACAGGAGCGUUUCGCGCGCAUUUUCAAAAGUUUUUUUUUAAUGCGGCAGAGGCAAACAGUUUUUGUCUGAAAAAUAUGUUUGAGGUUUAGUUUUUUUUAACAUUUUAAAAUGGGUGAACAAACUUUUAAUAUCACGGACGAUAAUAUCGAGCAGCAUAUUAUUACGUUGUUUGAAAAAUUGGAGUGUAUGCGUAAAGAUGCGAAUUCGGAUGGAUUGUCGGGCAAGGUGCCGGCGCGGCUGGAAGUGAGGACUUUAUCAUUAUGGAAGGCAGUGGUGGCGGAGUGCGCGGCGUCCUUCCUCUACGUGUUUAUAGUGUGUGGGGCGGCGGGCGGCGCGGGCGUCGGCGCCUCCGCCUCAGCAGUGUUGCUCGCCACCGCUCUCGCUUCCGGCUGUGCCAUAGCCACUAUCACAUUAUGCUUCGCUCAUAUAUCUGGUGCUCACGUGAACCCCGCAGUGUCCGCGGCGCUCUGCGUACGGCGGAGGGUAUCACCGCUGCGCGCAGCACUGUACGUGGCCGCGCAGUGCGGGGGCGCUAUCGCCGGGGCUGCUGCGAUUUAUGGUGUUAGCGUGCCAGGCUACGCGGGCAGUCUAGCCGCGGCGCUGCCGGGCGGCGGGGCGGCGGCGUGGGAGCGGCUGGGUGCCGAGCUGCUGCUCUCGGGGCUGGUAGCAGCCGCGCAUUUCGCCUGCAUGGAGCGUCGCUGGACGGGCGCUGCACCUGCACUCCUCGGCGCUGCAUACUGCGCUGCAAGCUUCGUCUCUAUGCCUUCACUGAACCCGGCUCGAUCGCUCGGCCCAUCCUUCGUACUAUCCCGAUGGGAGAGCCACUGGGUGUGCUGGGUAGGCGGUCUGGGCGGCGGUGUGGCCUGCGCGCUGCUGCACGAGUGGGGCACGCGACGGCCCCGUGCCAACACUAACUCCCGCGCCUCUUCGCCGAGGGACCUGGACGAAUUAGACAAGCCGGCAUUCCCGACGCAUCACUACCGACACGCGCCCUCGUACUGCUCUGCGACGGCCCCACGACCAGACAACACGGAGCCCCUGUACUCUGGCAGCAAGUCGCUGUACUGCCGCUCGCCGCCGCCCGCGCGCCACGCGCUGCACAGGUCAGCCGACGGAUCAACAUGUCUCACGUCACAAUCGGUGUACAGCAAGGGUAGCAGCGCGGCAGGGGUUGGCGCAGGGGGCGGGGCGUUGGCAGCGGCGCAGUCGUUGCUGCUGCGGCCGGCCGCGCAUGCUCUUGCUCUCAACCAGAACGCACACAACGCACAGCGCGACCCCGCCUACGGCACCGCGCCAAACGGCAUUCGCCCAGGACCCGCAGGUGCAUCAGGACAAGAACGUCGCGAAUCAGUGUACAGCUCGGGAGCGCGACGCGGGCCUCUGUCAUCCGAGGAUAGUGCGUACGGCAGCUACGCGACGCACGGCACACUCACACACGGCACGCACGCCGCGCAUGCAAACCACGCUAACCACGCGGCGCACGCGCACGCGCACGGACACGCCACACAAGCUCGCGCGUUCCGCGGACCGCAUCCACCCGAACAUUACUAGCGACGCGCCUCGCAGCACAAUAUUGCGCUGCUCUUUGACGUUUGAACGAUUUCUUAAUCGCGCGAGUUUAAUUCGUGAUAAAGUGUGUAUGUGUACUGCUAAUACUACUCGUGAGUGUUAUUUUUGAUGUACAGCAAAACGCCUGUAAACUAGAAAA